CUUUGACCAACAGCAAAUUUGACUUUGGACCAUAAUGAGCAGGAAGAAGCAGAAGAAGGCGAAGCAGCAAGCUGCUGUUGCUGCGGAUGCCAGUGUGGACGGUACACUUGUGGACCAGACACACAGCAGGGCGGAAGCAAGUUCGAAGGGGGACUACACGCACGAUGGCACUGCGCACGGCGAUGGCGGCAGCAGUGAACAGCACCCUGAAGAAGUAGUACAACACCAGCAACCACAGAAACAAGAACAAGAACAAGAGCAGACUGCAGGGGAAGAUGACGCAAAUACAAACAAACACAUCGUGACCGCUGGGGAAGACGAUGACGAGGAGAACGACAGUGAGGGGCAAGUCAGCGACGGUGAGCAUGAGCAGAGCGGAGAGGGGAGGGAAGGCGGGCAUCCUGGCAAACACGUUCCCACCCGCAAAACCACGGGCCUCCGAUCAAUGCUUGCGUCCAUGUCUCGCGCGUUCAGCGGGUCAUCCAGUGCACCGCAGGCAGCGACGCAGUCGAGCAAGGCAUCCUCGAGUGCACCACGCACACAGACCAUGAGGAAGAAUCACAAGAGCAAAGGCCAGCAGCAGGACCUUGAUGUUGAUGCUGGUGCGGUGUUGCCGCUGCUGGUGCACUUUGAAGACCAAUGGCGCCAGCUCUCCGCCAACAACCAGGUCAACACAAGCAAGAUCCAGGACAUGGCCGCAGAUGUCGCACAUGCGCACGCGUUUGUCUCCGCCCAAUCCCGCCAGCACCGCGUGCUUGCGCAGCAGUUCAAGGUGUUGCCGGAAGUGGCUGCAUUGGCGGUUGCUGCGCAGGGGAAGAUAGACGAUUUGCACACGGAGCUGGUGGCGCUCGACGAGCGACUGCGCGCGUUUCAGGCCGUUAGACAGGCGUGCGUCCUGGAGAACACAAAGGUUGCUGCACUCAAGGCUAAGCGAAAGAAGACACUCAAGGCAACACCGUAGCUCCCCCCUCCCACACACACACACACACACCUGCUGUUACAUGACACGACCGUCCUUGCUUUCAAUAGACCAAAGCAGAAGAGACCAGUGUGAUUUGAAGAGACGAGAGAACGAGAGAA